GUCCUGAUUUCACCGAUGUCCAACCGCUAAACGGCCAGACGACGUCACACACUGCCUGUCUGUCUGUCUGCCUGCCUGUCUGUCUGUCUGCAGACACCAGACAACAUGUCAAACUUCGACGUCAGUCUGGCUCAGCUCAAUGACCUGCUGACAGAUGAGGGGGGGUUGUACAGCUGGCCCACCCAGCCCUUCCACCAGGUCUACCCCAGGAUCUACGUGGGCAACGCGUUUCUUGCGACUGAUGUGCAGCGUCUGAAGCGUCUGGGCGUCACCCACGUCCUGAACGCAGCUGAAGGAAACUCCCUCAUGCACGUCAACACCAGCGCAGACUUCUACGCCGGCACAGGCCUCAUCUACCACGGAGUCCCAGCCACAGACAGCGACCACUGUGACAUCAGCCAGUACUUCCAGCAGGCAGCAGACUUUAUAGAGCAGGCACUGCAGUACAAGCAGGGCAAAGGUAAAGUGUUGGUUCACUGCAGAGAAGGUUACAGUCGCUCUCCCACCUUAGUCAUCGCCUUCCUGAUGCUUCGUCACCACAUGGACGUCCGCAGCGCCGUGGCAACGGUGCGACACAAACGGGAGAUCGGACCCAACGACGGCUUCCUCCGACAGCUGUGUGUCCUCGACCAGAGGCUGGAGGCCCAGGGCCGACCCUGGAACCAGUGAGGACCACCAC